GUCUCCACUACCAACAUGGACCAACUGUACUCAUCUCUCCGGUUCUGGCUAGUGAACCACCCCAAAAUCCUCCAUUUCCAAUGGAUUCAGGGUCAAACACUCGGCUCCACCCCACACUUCCUCGGUCUAACGGUUCUCACUUACCUCGCCGUCACCUUCCUCCUCUCCAAAACACCGCUCCCUUCACUCGGUCCCAACAUCCUCAAACCCAUCACAGCCCUCCAUUCCCUCAACCUCUUCCUUGUUUCCCUCGUCAUGGCCGUCGGAUGCACACUCUCCAUCGUAUCCAUCCCCUCUCCUUUAUCCCACGUCGUUUGUUUCCCUCCCGACACCCCUCCCACCGGUCCCCUUUUUUUCUGGGCCAACAUCUUCUACCUCUCCAAGAUUCUCGAAUUCAUCGACACCCUUUUGAUUAUCCUGAGCAAAUCCAAGCAAAGGCUGACGUUUCUCCACGUCUACCACCACGGCACUGUCGUUGUUAUGUGCUAUCUCUGGUUAAACACUUCCCAGUCACUGUUCCCGGUGGCACUCGUCACCAAUGCGACCGUACAUGUGAUAAUGUACUUUUACUAUCUUCUCUGUGUGGUGGGGAUUCGUCCCAAGUGGAAGAGAUUGGUCACAAAUUGCCAGAUUGCGCAGUUCGUGUUCAGCUUUCUGGUUUCCGUUUUGAUGCUUUACUACCAUUUCACGGGAUCGGGUUGUUCGGGGAUCCAGGGCUGGUGUUUCAACGCUGUUUUCAAUGCUUCUCUUUUGGCUCUUUUUCUUGAUUUCCAUGGCAAGAGUUAUGCUGCCAAACAAAAGGCUGUUGUUGAUAAGGAUAAACGUUAUUGAUUCUGCAAUGAUUUGAAGUUCCAGUUUCUUUUGAGUAAGACUAUUAAAGUUCU